UAUAUUUUAAAAUAGAAAAUAGUGAAUAUGCCAUCUAAUCGUAAAGGUGGUUCCUGGUGUUCGGUAUAUGGAUGUAGAAACAAUUCGAAUAUGAAUAAAAAUAUAAGUUUUUUUCGAUAUCCAAAAAAUAUUGAACGCUCAAAAGCAUGGAUUCAUGCAACUGGACGACGUGAUUUAUUGAAAAAAGGUACAGAAUAUGCUUACAAGAAUUGUCGUGUGUGUGCCAAACAUUUUGAGGAUGAAAUGUUUGCGAACGAUUUAAAAAAUCGUUUAUUACCUACAGCCGUACCAAAAAUACUUGUUUCAAAUGACGCAACAAAUGAUGAACAAUCGAAGACACAAACUCAAAAAGAUGAUAAAAUAACAAAUUUUCAACGUCCAAAUGAUUUUUUUGAUAAUUAUCGUCCAAUGGAACAUGAAAUGGAAUGUCAAGAGCCAAAAACAUAUCAUGAAUUACAAACAGUAAUCUUAAAUUUAAAAUAUGAUCAUGAACAAAUAGAAUUGGAAAAAGUAGAAUCAUCAUCUACGAAUUCUGAAAUGAAUUUGGAUGAAAAUUCAAUACAAAAUAAACGAAUUUAUGCAAAAUGUGAUGUUUGCAAUAAAAAAAUGUUAUCAACAAAUUUUAGUAAACAUCAGUUAAUGCAUAAAAUUAGUUAA